UGCUGCGUUCCUGUGUUUCUCAGACUUAAUACAUACGUAAUCUGUUGGAUUAAAUCUAAAUUCUUCUAUAUAUAAGACCAUGAUUGAGCUACGACUCUCAGUGCAACAGAUUCAGAAACCUUCCAGAUACUACAGCUGAGGAAAAAUUGAUAAUCGUCAAGAAAAUUGUUUGACAAAAUGCAAGCUGGAAACUCAUUUUUCAACUUCAACGCCCCCAUAAUUGUCCUUAAAAGUCUUUUUCAAAAAUACGAUAAAAAUGGAAGUGGAUUUUUGGAGGAGAAAGAAAUACGGUGUUUGCUUGAGAGCGACCUUGGCCUUAACGCGAGCCAGAGCGAGAUUUAUACGUUACUUCUCGACAAGAACGGAGACCAUAGCGUCAGCUUCGAGGACUUUGUCAACUGGUUACGAAGCGAGGAAAGAUUUCAGAACAUUGACAAUUCAUCAAGAUACGCUAUUCUUAGCCAAGCCUUGGAUUAUUUUAAGAGUUUCGACGUGGAUGAUAAUGAUAGCCUGAGCCUGGACGAGUUUAAGAAGGAAGCCCAGGGAAACAAAAUGCAUCCCACAUGGAAGGAAGUGACGAGGGAUGCUUACGCAUCGGCGACAAACACAUUUAACCGGGUCUGCUAAUCAUAGCAAGGGAUUA